UGUGUAGGCGGGGGGAACGGAAAGAUGGCGACUCCCAGGACUGUGUGGAAGUCUCGGCCCGGGUUCUUUGUGCGGGAUGGCCGGGUUUCGAGCGUGUUUUCGGGCAGGGCGGGAGUCUGCCUGGCGCUGGCUGUGUUUCUGGCGGCGGUGGAGCGGAGCUGCGGGAAUAACGCCUACGAGCCAGAGGAGUUUCUGAAGCGCGAGUACUCGCUCACCAAGCCGUACCAAGGUCUGGGAUCCUCCACCACUUCUCACUGGGAGUUGAUGGGAAAUGCGAUGAUCAUGCCGGAGCACGUACGGCUGACCCCAGACCUGCAGAGCCGACAGGGAGCCGUGUGGAGUCGCCUGCCAUUCUAUGUGAGGGACUGGGAGAUACAGGUGCAUUUUAAAAUCCACGGUCAGGGAAAGAAGAACCUGAACGGAGACGGACUCGCCCUGUGGUUGACCAAAGAGCGCAUGCAGAUUGGGCCGGUGUUUGGGAACAUUAACUAUUUCACUGGUCUGGGAAUAUUUGUGGACACUUAUCCUAAUGAAGACAAACAUCAGGAGAGGUCGUUUCCCUUCAUCUCUGCGAUGGUGGGGAACGGGUCAGUGGCGUAUGAUCACGAUCGGGACGGAAGGAACGUGGAUCUGGGCGGCUGCUCUGCUUCCGUCCGUAACGUGGACUACGACACGUUCCUGCUGAUCAGAUACAUCAGAAACACGCUGACGAUCAUGAUGGAUGUAGAAGGGAAGCAGGAGUGGAAGGACUGUCUGGAGGUGCCUGGUGUCCACAUGCCUCAGGGAUACUUCUUCGGAGCCUCGUCCGUCACUGGAGAUCUGUCAGAUAAUCAUGACCUGAUCUCCUUUAAGCUGUUUGAGCUGGCGGUGGAGCGCACUCUGGAGGAGCUGGAGAACGAGGAGGAGGUUCUGAUACCCAGCGUGGACUACAGAGACAUCCCAGUGGAGGUGGUGGAUGAAGGCAUGGGCGUGCUCUCUAUCUUUUUCCUGUUCAUUUUCUCUGUGGUGGGGCUGGUCCUGCUCAUCGUGGCUCUGCUCCUCAUCCACCAGCGCUGGAAGGAUCGCAGCCGCAAGCGUUUCUACUGAGAGAGAGAGAGAGAGAGAGAGAGAGAGAAUGAUGGAGAGAGGGAGAAAGAAAGAGAGAGAGAGAGAGGUCUACUGUGAGUGUGAGGAGUUUAAAGACCAAACUCGUCCUGAAGUCUCUCCUCACUGCUGCAACAAACUGACCAUACCUCUGAAGCCCAGAGUAGACAAAGAAGAGCCAUACCUGACCUCUACUGAUACAAACCAGCCGUCGCCCCUCCCUCUGUCACUUCUUACUGUGUGUGUGUGUGUGUGUGUGUGUGUGUCUGUCUGUCUGUCUGUCUGUCUGUGUGUGCGUGUGAAUGUGUGCGUUGGUUUAAUCUGUGUGCUGGAUCUGCACUGGCCCAAUCUCCCAUGAAGCAGAAGAUAAAUGUGGGAGGAAUGAAUGCAGUUCUCCUUUUUCUUUUAAUGCUGUUCUGAUCAAACAAUUCAACUCCAGAUGAAGAAAGGAUUUAACCCUAAAGAGCCCAUGGUGACGUACAUGUGUCGCAGACCUUUUGCUUUAAAAGCUGUGUAAAAUUCCUUUCAGCACUUCGUCUCUCCUUUACUAUAACACAUGAAAUCCUUUACUGACAAAUGGUGAACAUCCUGAGAGCAUCACUACAGGAGAGAGCGUGUGAAUCUGUGUCUUAUUUACAGAAUAUAUAAAUGCUUUAAAGUUAGAGCUGGAGAUAAAACUAAACUAGCUCCUUUUAAAAAAAGUGGAUUUAAGCUUCUACAGCUCUGUUCCAACUAAUGUAACUUGUCAAACUCGUAUUUUUCGCACUAUAAUAAGCACAAAAUUGUUUUUAAUUUUCCCAAAAGAAAAUUUACCAGGUAUUAAGGAGCAGUUAAACCACUCUGCUGAAGGUAUACAGAGUUAUACAGGUGUUUUAGUUAGUUUCAGUUUAGUUCUCCAGUACCGGUGCUGGAGUAGCAUUAGCAUUAGCCACUAACCGCUAACCACUAUUUCCCUGUUCAGAGUUUAUUAUUAUUGCUAGCUGGGGUUAGGAGCAGACUACUGGCUACAGGCCAAUAAAAUAAGCCUUAGAGCUGGAGAAAUUGGUUAAUCUUAAGCGUACUAUAAACAAACUUUAAAAGAAGGUCUUUGUUUUGUUUUGUUUUGUUUACUUAGCUUAGCUUUACUUAACUUAGUUAGCUACCCCCCCCCCCCCACCACCACACAGCGGCAAGAUCUGAAUUAGAAGUUCUUUGUAGUGUCUCUUAAAAUGCGCCUUAUAAUCUGAUGCGCCUUCUGUAUGAAAAUAGACCAGAAAAUAAACAUUCAUUGAUGGUGCUCCUUAUAAUCUGGUGCGCCUUAUAGUAUGAAAAAUAUGAUGAUAAUAAUACAGUAUAAAAAAAAAUUCUAAUUUAAUCCUAAAAUGUUUACAGUCAUGUUCCCACAAUAAGAAACGAACAAAACUCAAUUGAUCUGAUUUCAGUUUCUUUACAUUUAAAGGGUCUGGGCUCUUAUGGGUUAAACAAAGUGCUGCUCUCUGCCAAAACACCACUGUUCACCCGCCGCUAACCUUUAGCAUCGCUUUAGUCUUUUCUCGUCAAUAUGUUUUAGAAAUUUGAGUAGCAGUUCCUGGGGAAGUCCAGUUUCCCCUCGGUAUGAAAUCUGCAUAAUGCAGAGGAUGAGAUGUAGACGGAUUCAGAGUGGGUUUGGUUUGAAAUUGUUCACUACAGAAAAGCCUAAACUUAGUGGUUGGCAUGUGCCUACCAGCGCUGGGGUCCUGGGUUCAAGUCCUUAUCUGAGUGCAGUCUCCAUUUUCUCCUCAAAAUCUGUUUGGGUUUCCUCCAAGGACUUUGGUUUCCAAAAACAUGGAGAUAAAUUACUACGCUACUACUCUAAAUCAAGAUGGACAGUCAUUUCCGGUUGAGAGUAUGCUGUGUGUGAUUGGCUGCUGCCUCUCAUUGGUGUGUGUUGGUUGGUUGAGUACUGAUGUAAAUUGUAAUUGUAAGCAUCUGUGGGAGCCUAGAAAGCCAAAAUAGUGCUAUAUAAAGUAGCAAAAGUAACUAAAAGUAAAGCCAGUUAAUUGCUAUGUAUUGUCAUAAUUAAGGUCCCUGGUGGUAAAGUUGAAAAAGCUUAUGUGUUUUCUUUGGGGAUCCCAAAUGUUCUCAAAACUCUCUAGAUCUAGUUCGAAUCUCCAGGUAAUUCUGCUUUGCCAUCAGCAGCCGGAGUCAGAGAGAGCAUAAUGGGCAAUGCUAUCUCUGUAUGACUGCAUCAGCAGCCAGAAUCAGAGAGAGCACAAUUGUCUAGGCUAGGUUUGGGUUCAUUAUAAUUAUUUUAUAUUAUAUCACAAACAGCACCUGAUCUUUGUGAGGCUUCUGAUUUUCUGACUUUGUGUUUCUUUAAAAAUGAGCAUCUCAAACCAAACCCUCUCUGAAUAACUUUCCUUAAUUUAAUCAAAUUAAAAUGUGAACAGAUUUAUUUUUUCUUUCUCUUUUUCUUGUUUCUUUUUUUAUUCAGUAGAAUUUCCCUUUAAUAAUAGAGGUAAUAAUGUGCAGAAUAAUCGUAUGUCUUUAUGUUCAUUGUUUUUUGUUUCUUUUUUAAAGUUAGCAAUAAAUUAAUUUAGUUUUUAAAUACGGUUAUUUUGCUCUGUGAGAAGUGAAGUGCACUGAAGUGAACUGGAUGGUAAUUGUGUGCACGUGUUCUAAUCCUCUUUUAAGUGUCUUUAUUUCUGUUUUGUUUUUUUGGUUAAUGUAGUGAAAUCAGCCAAUCAGAGGACCGGAUCAGAAAGCAAGCUGAAGCCGGAUUCACUAAAAUCUCUUAAGAAAGAAAUUCUUUUUAUAUGUACUUUUUUUUUCUGUCAUAAUUAAUAAUUGUUUUUGGUGUGUUCUGAUUGGACGUGCUAGGUCGGCAGGGUUUGCUAAUUUAAAGAGGCCUUUAAUUGAAUAUUAGAGCUGUGAACAAACAAAUUGAAACUGCGUAAUGCUGCUACAGGACCUCACUUUUGGGGUCUUGUUGCUGUGCUCUGCUUGCACAAAUCAAAUUUUUGUGUUUAAAGAGAACUCCAGCGUUUUUUGGUACAGCGGUAAUCAGCAGGAUUCGCCAAAACACCUGUGAAUUUAAAAGCUAGCCUUAAACAAAAAUUCUAAACGUUAGCAAAUAUGCUAAUCGAGAAUCAGUGAUGUUAACCUGAGCAAAUUCACUAACCUCCAGCGGAUGUAGAAAACAAUACAGUACAGAUUUUUUAACUCAUCAAGAGUUAAUCACUUGAAUUUCUUGUCUCUUAAUGUAAAGGUUUGAGAGCAUCAGUUAAAGUAAAGUAGUGAAGAGGUAGAGUUACAGGUAUACAGUGAAUAGUGAAUAUUUGAGUAAUGUUCGAAUCCAGGUUAUGAGAAGCAAGAAAUACUCAACUAAAUAGAAAAAAGACUUUAAGAAAUGAAGAACUUUUGAAAGUAUCUUCAAGUGCUGAUUCAAAAAAAGACAGUCAAAAAACAUCAUGAUGAAACUGGCACUCAUCAGGAUGGCUUUGAUGCACAGGAUUAAUUAGAGCUUUUGUGGUAAAUGUGGAUUAGGAGGCUAUAAAUAAUUUCGGAGCUAUAAUUAAUAAAUGUUAACUACUAUCUUUUCGUUAGCUAAGGUGAGCUAAGGGGAUCGACUACAAACUAAUGUGAAAGUGAACUUUUUUGCUAAUGUGAUAAAUCUGACAGUUUUGAACAUGCAUGCAUGCUAAGCUCUAGCUAAUCCACUAAACCCUGAUUAAUUUAUGCGUUAGCUGUAAACUAACACUGUCUUUUAUAAGAAACAGGUUCAUCAGAUAUAGAAGUAGACUAAAAAAAAACGUUGGAGUUCUCUUUCUAGGAAUAGCACCUGCUAACUAUAGACGAACUACAGACGUGUGUCCAGAUAUGGAGGAUAUGGACGGAUGUCCAGAGCUGUUGUGUUGAUAUUAUUGCUGUAGUCUGGAGUUUAUAUCUCUUUGGAUUUAUGAUAAUAAUAAUAAUAAUAAUAAGAAGAAGAAGAAUAUGAACAAGAGAGAUUGUGUGUUUUACAUCCUGAAUUCUUAAGCCAUUGUGAGUUUAAAUGAGUAAAAUGUCAGUUUUAAACUAAAUGCAUAAAUGUUUAAAUUAAAUGUUUGCAACCAAAUACUGGAGCAGAUCUGUAGCGAAACAGGCCUUACGUCACUGAUGGGCACUAAUAGUGUCCACCCAGUUAAUUUUCAAUGCAAAGAUAUAUUGUCCUCAGUCAUCAACUGUUUACGUGAAUUCUGUUGAUUUUUUAAUAUAUAUAAUUUAUAACUCAAUUUGUAACUACUGCAGUAUCAAGAAAAAUCCAAACAGCAAAAAGACUCUUUUGUUUUUGGGUCAAAGUCUCGUCUUUCAUUUAAAGCAACUCUCAGAAUCAGAUUUGUCCUAGUGUGUGUGUGUGUUGGUGUGUCCAAUACAUUGAAGAUGAAUAAAAGAUGAUUUUUUUUUUCAUAAA